AUGUCUGGCAGCCUCUCACAGCCGCUUAACGCGGUCUCGGGGCCGAAGCCCGGCAGCAGCGACGAUGCGGCGAGCCUCGUCAACGGGCGCAGCAGCGAGGCGUCCGCGCUGGAUUCGGAUUUCUGCAACGCCCUGCAAACCAUCGAGACGCCCGGCUACCUCAAGUCGUACUUUACACUGCCCGAACACGCCCACAGCGGCCUUUCUGUAUAUCACGUCGGCGAUAUUGCUCUGCCCCUGGGAGAGAUUCAAGCGCGCCAGAUGAUGGGCCAAGCGAAGCGGCCCGACUAUGGCAUUACUCCGUGGGAGCUGAAUCCCACACAGUUUAAAUUGGACUACGGCGUGUGGGAAGGCCGUCUCAAAGCUUUAUACAGGCACCUUGCUCCAGGCCUUGGCCAUGAUCAGGACUGGAUAGACUCGGUCCGCGCAGAGCCCAGCGCAGUACUGCUCAUGGAAAAGGGAGCCAUUCCCAAUUUCAGUCUCGGUGAUCAACAGGACGGGACGGGAUACAUCAUGGUAUACCUGCCCACCGCAGACCUCCAGGGCGGCGAGAUUGUAAACAGGUUUGGCCGCAAAGAAAAGACUGUUUUCAAUCCCAACAAGACGGAAGAGCAUUUGGCUUCUUGGUAUCCGAAUUAUAAGCCACAGCGCGUCAAAUCAGGUUACGCUCUGGCGGUACUCUUCACCUUCUUUCCGAUAAAGGGUACCAUCAAUGGAUCUGCCCUCUUCUGGCGGAAUGAGACGCGAGCAAUCCGCCAUACCCUCAAGCGAUGGCUUUCCAAAGAUGUCAAAUCCCGCGAGAGGAUUGCACUCUAUCACCCGAUUCAAGGCAACUAUAUGACAAGCCGCAGGCUCUGUUUAAAAGAGCUCAUGAUGGCGGAUGUUGGCCGAGUUCAGAUGCUUAAAAGAAUAUCCGACAAUUUCGGAUUCAAAUUGUACCUCGGGCAUAUUGAACGUGACCAGAAGAAGCUUGAAGGUGAUGGCGGUUAUGAAGACAUAAAAGGAAGCACUCGCAUCACAAAACUGCUAGACUUGGAUGGGCGCUUGGUGACUGAAAAUCUCCGCCUUGAUGAGGCUCACGUCCCUGAAGGCUUCUUCAAUUGCAUUAAUUGGGAAUCUCACUGGCGCCGGCCUCCGUCGUUGACACGAAAAGGCCAUAUGAAAUUUUUUGUCGUUGUCCCUUGCGAUGCGAUUGUACCAUUUUUCGUCCAGCGUGGCGGCAGCGACAAUGAUCUUUCGGCGAUGGAGGGAAUCCCAAAAGUACUUGGCGAGUAUGCCAGAAUGUCCGUAAAGAGUCCAUGCCCGAAGAAUACGCUCCCCGUGUUCCAAGAACUAUGCGAGCUUAUGUGGGACCCCCCACGGAAUCCAUCUGAAGGAGGCACGCAAAGCCUUUUUGCAAAGCAGAAGCCAGAAUUCCAGAACAAUGACCUCAUUGACGUGCUCAAGGCCACGAUUCACUUGAAAUGGUACUCCUGGUUUGAGAAGAUAGCUGCUGCCCACCAAGGAUCCUUAUCAACAUCAUUCUUCGGCUGGGUGCCAGAGUAUUUUCACAAAAGCACUAUCAAAAUUGACAAAUGGUUUGGGCCUCUUGAGAAGGGGUUAUCCGCCGCAGUUCUCUCAUAUCCUCGAGCCAAACAGCAGGUCAGGGCGGUAGAGACUCUUUUCCCCAUCAUCAUGGCAGACACGGGCCGACUGGUCCCCUGCCCCCCCGAAUGCCUCAUUCGCUGGGCUCGCCAAGUUCUACAAGAGUGUAUCAAAUCUUGCGCAUCUAAAAAGCUCGAUAGAAAAGAUGGGGAAGCAUUAGUCAAGCUUUCUUUGUACUUUGACGAUCCGAUUGCUGUUAUAUCACAAGUAGGAGAUGAAAUCGAUCCCGGGAGUAAGCCCGACGCGUUCCUUGGGUUCAUCAACGAAAUAGACCUUUUCGGCCGCUACGACUACAUCUCGUACGAAAAGUCACGGGAGCUCUACCGGAAGGCUUCAAGAGCCUUUAUAACGUCAACAGCCUUUACACAGAUGCAUGGUAAAGGAAAAGAAGAGAGUAAUGAAGCGGACUUCUUCAGUCGGUUUGGCGACUUUGUUUUUGGCGGAAAUGGGCCCAAUAACCCAAUGGAACACGAUGAAAGUGGUUCUGAUGAUGAAAUCGUGAAUGAGUUGAUGAUGGAUUCCGACAAUGUCUUGUUGGAUGAUUACAUGCCAGGUGCCCGAAAUUAUAUGCCAGAUGGAGACUCUGACAUGGACCUGGAUGAGCCUGACUUGGAUCCGUUUGGAUACGAGGCGCAUAGCCAUAACCAUAACCACCGCGACUACAAAGCAUACAAAGCAUAUCAAGAAUUCGAACUGAACGGCGGCAAACCGGAGACUGAGAUUGUGGAAAGUCAAAUCCAGUCGGCGACUCUCGGCCUUUGGCUACAGCAAGUCAUGAACACGAGCUCAAAAUACGACGACAUAUUUUCAUUGGCUCUUUUCAAGAUGGGCGAGGUGGCGCCACAGAUACCCAGCGCUGAUUAUCACACUUUGUGGUUCCCUGUCUUGAGGGCGAUAGCUCCCAAGAUGGGGCGUCUCAGUCUUGAGAGGGCCAAGGAUCCCAACACGCUGCUUUGGCGCAAAAACAUUUAUACGCUGAUCAAAGCCUAUCUCGACAAUUAUGUGGGCAAGUGGCCUCGGCGACCUCGUCUCGCGCAGAAAGGGGUUGGGUGCGAUUGUGCCGACUGCAAGGGGCUCAAUGUUUUCCUGGCCGAUGCUUCACUGAAAACCGGGCACUUUACUGCGAGUAAGAAGCGGUGCAGUCAUAUAGUCAAGAUCACUUCCAAAGAGGACACCGAUAUAUACACCGAACACAAGAAGGUUGAGGGAAAGCCUCAGAAAGAGAAGUUGGUUUUGACAAAGUCCCGAAAAAAGAUGCUUGCGCGGGCUCGUACGGCGUGGAAAGAACGGCGGGACGAAGCAACCAAGCAGCUGGGCACCUUUGAGCAGAAGCAUCUGGGGGCCUUGCUGGGGCCCGAAUGGAUGACGCUUUUUAGCAUGGCGCACCUUGAAGGGCCUAGCUUGAGUGAUAUGGAUAUGCGGAAGGCGUUGAGGUUGAAGACUGAGAGGGAGAACAUACCGCGGGAGCCUGCUUAUAUGGAUCCGUCGACGAUUGCCAUGUUCUUUGGUGGUCUUCCUUCUAUGAGCAUGGGGGAGAAUUACAAUUACAUGUAUAUUUGACAUGUCUUUUGGGUUUAUGAGAUUGUUAUAUGGAUUUGGUAUGAUGAAUUAUGACAUUACAGCUCUAUUGGCCAUGAAGUGUGUGUUUCAUAGUUUGCAAGUGACAGGGGUCUCCACACGACUGGAACAUCAGGUCUCCAUGUAGAUGGCAUAUCAUUCUAGGUUUGAGUUCACCUGAAAUGCAAUGAGCAGAUAUUUUACCAC